CGUUUAUGGCGAUGAAUUAUAGAUUAAAGGGAGGCUGAAAAUGCAGAUUGGCUCCUGUACACAAACCAUCACCUCAUCCACGGAUGACUGAGGAGAUGCGAGCAGAAGACCCCUGGUGAAGUGUUCCAGCAUUUACAUUCAGCCAUCAGUCAUCAUCUCUAUGUCUGACAGCUUUCAGUUACGGACUCACAGCACGAUGCGUGGAUUCUGUAGAGACGGGACAGCCGUGGCUCUCGCGCUCUUGAACGCUUUGAUGCUUGUCGCUGCAGCGGACGCGGAGCGCGCGUUUACAGAUCAUUUUCUCGUGCAGUUGCGCGAGGGGACAGCCGGAGAUGCUCAGCAACUUGCCCUGGAGCAUGGCUUUAGAAGUGCAAGGAAGGUUUCCUUCGGCGAGGGGUUAUUUCAUUUCUACCCACAAGAUACCCCGAAAACUCGGAGGAAGCGCAGUCUUCACCACCACCAUCAGCUGGUCAAAGAUCAACGGGUGAAAAAUGUGUUUCCCCAGGAGAAUUUUGGCCGUCAAAAGAGAGGCUACAGAGACAUCAGCAACAUGGAUGUUAAUAUGAGCGACCCACUUUUCACCAAACAGUGGUAUCUUAUAAACACAGGCCAGGCGGAUGGAACCCCAGGGCUGGACCUUAAUGUGGCAGAGGCCUGGAGCAUGGGCUAUACCGGCCAAGGGGUCACCAUUGCCAUCAUGGACGAUGGUAUUGAUUAUCUACACCCAGACCUCGCCUUGAAUUACAAUGCUGAAGCCAGCUUUGACUUUAGUAGCAAUGACCCGUACCCUUAUCCCCGGUACACAGAUGACUGGUUUAACAGUCAUGGAACUAGAUGUGCUGGAGAGGUGUCUGCAGUGUCCAACAACAACAUCUGUGGGGUGGGUGUGGCCUACAACUCCAAAGUGGCAGGGAUUCGUAUGUUGGACCAGCCCUUCAUGACAGACAUCAUCGAAGCUUCUUCCAUCAGCCACAUGCCGCAGGUCAUUGACAUCUACAGCGCCAGCUGGGGCCCAACCGAUGAUGGCAAAACAGUGGACGGCCCCCGUGAGCUCACCCUGCAGGCAAUGGCAGAUGGGGUCAAUAAGGGCCGAGGUGGAAAGGGAAGCAUCUAUGUGUGGGCCUCCGGAGAUGGCGGUAGCUAUGACGACUGUAACUGUGAUGGUUACGCCUCCAGCAUGUGGACCAUCUCUAUUAACUCGGCCAUCAAUGAUGGACGCACUGCACUUUAUGACGAGAGCUGCUCGUCCACGCUCGCCUCCACCUUCAGCAACGGACGUAAACGAAACCCUGAAGCUGGCGUGGCCACCACAGAUCUGUAUGGAAACUGCACACUGCGUCAUUCAGGCACAUCUGCUGCUGCACCCGAGGCUGCUGGCGUCUUUGCUUUGGCAUUGGAGGCCAAUCCAAACCUGACCUGGAGAGACCUGCAACACCUGACUGUGCUCACGUCUAAGAGGAAUAAACUGCACGACGAGGUUCACCAGUGGAGAAGAAAUGGCGUGGGUCUGGAGUUCAAUCAUCUGUUUGGUUAUGGUGUGUUAGAUGCUGGAGGGAUGGUGAAACUCGCCCGCGAAUGGAAGAGCGUUCCAGAACGCUUCCACUGUGUGGCCGGAUCCGUGCAGGAGACACACAAAAUACAGUCAGGCAAUAAACUGGUGCUCACAAUCACAACCGAUGCCUGCCAGGGAAAGGACAACUUCGUACGCUAUCUAGAGCACGUGCAGGCCGUCGUCACCGUUAACGCCAGUCGCCGCGGAGACCUCAACAUCAACAUGACGUCACCCAUGGGCACCAAGUCCAUCCUGUUGAGCCGCAGACCCCGGGAUGAUGACGCCAAAGUGGGAUUCGACAAAUGGCCCUUUAUGACCACCCAUACGUGGGGCGAGGAUCCUCGUGGCACCUGGCUCCUGGAGGUGGGUUUCCAGGGAGAGAAUCCACAGAACGGUGUGUUGAAAGAAUGGACCCUCAUGCUGCAUGGAACCCAAAGCGCACCUUACAUAGAGCAGGUGGUGAGGGACUACCAGUCCAAACUAGCCAUGUCCAAAAAAGAAGAGCUGGAGGAGGAAUUAGAUGAAGCGGUGGAGAGGAGCUUAAAAAGCCUUCUGAGUAAAAGCAACUAGCCACGUGCAUGAUAUCUGACCCGAUCUCUCUCUGUAUUAGCAUAUAUUCCUUUCUGCUUGAUCAUCUUUUCUUUGUGUGAAUAUUUGAUAAAUGUAUGAAUUUUCGAAAUGGUACAGUGACCCCGACACCUAACAAUGUCCAAAUGGCAUAAAAUGGACUUGCAUUUUGAGAGGAAUUAACAUAAACAUCAGCUUGGAUUAAAAGUAGACAGAAACAUGCAAAGUAUGGCUUUAUUUGGACAUUUCACAUGACACUAAAACAUCUUUAAAUGUGACUCGAGUGUCCAAAUGCUGUAGGUCCCACCAUGAAAAUAUCACAUCCUUCAUUUGAUGUUCCUUUUUUACUCUUUACAGAAAUGUAUAUAAAGCAAAUAUAUCUAUAUACUUUAAUAUGUUCUUGCCUAACUCGCUGUCUUUCGCCUCUGCUGUACAGUUUGUGACUGUAAUCAGUUUGUGUGACUCUUUUUAGUUUAGUAACUUGAAACUCAAAGCAGUGCUAUUUCUUCCUGUUUUACUUUUUGUGAGAUGAUUUUGUUUUUAUCAAAUGAAGCGAUGUGCCAUUUUACUGUUUAUGGCCAAACAAAGCAUAUUUCAGAGCAUUCACUAUAUAUAAUAAAUCUAUUUAUCUGUUUGUUAAA